AUGCCUCAGGGUGGUACUGGGCGUAAACGUGAUGUUGUAAACCUCGAAAGUUAUUUGACGAAAAAACGAGGCAUAGUUCAAAUCAAAAACAAAGAUAAUCUCUGUUGUGCCCGCGCGAUCAUAGUGGCCAAAGCAAAGCUGGACAAAGACCCACAGUAUAAGAGCAUCGUAACACCGCGUGGAACACUGCAAACUCACCUAGCUCAUCAACUCCAUGAAUCAGCGGGCGUCCCUCUUGGCUCCUGUGGCAUCCCAGAAGUCAAGAAGUUCCAAACUGCUCUCCCUGGUUAUCAACUGAACGUAAUCCCCAAGGAACAUUUGAAUGCCCUCAUCUACUCAGGUCCUGAAGCUGAAAAACACCUAUAUUUAUACCAUCAUGACAACCAUUACGACGUCAUCACCAGUAUGCCUGCCUUCCUCGCCCGUACACAGUUUUGCCAUAAAUGCAAGAAGGGCUACGACAAGAUUACUGACCAUCCCUGUGGCGAUCUGUGCAAGUUAUGUAAUACCCAAAACUGUCCCAUCGUUAAAUGGAAAUUUUGCAAAGACUGUAACCGUUUCUUGAAAAGUGACGAAUGCUUCAACCGCCAUAAAGAUGACGCCGGCCCUGCUAAAUCCCUGUGUCGUGCUUUAAUUAAAUGCAAGAAAUGCAAACGUGUUGUCACUCGUGCCAGUCUUCGUGAUCAUCACUGUGGCAAAGUCAGAUGUUCUACAUGUCAAAAGUACGUCAAGCCUGAAAACCAUCAAUGCUAUCUUCAACCGGUAAAGGCGAAGAAGACACGGACAGCUGAAGAAGGAAACGAUUUGCUCGAUGAUGAUGUGGCCGUGGAAAACGACGUAGAAGACACCAAAAACUUAAUGUUCUUCGACUUUGAGUGCACGCAAGACGAUGGUAAACACGUCCCCAAUCUCUGCGUAGUCCAGAACGAAAGCGGUGACGAGAAAGUCUUUUCUGGACCAAACACUAAAGACGAGUUUUGCGAGUGGAUGUUUCAGCAGGAAAACGCGAAUACGACGUUUGUCGCGCAUAAUUUCCAGGCUUACGACGGGUACUUUAUUCUGCAAUACCUUUACAAGAAUGGUAUCACUCCAGAAAUCAUUACCCGUGGCGCAAAAAUCCUUUCGCUCACUGUCCCCGAAAUGAACAUCAAGUUUAUAGACUCUCUCUGUUUCAUCCCAAUGAAACUCGCCGCCUUCCCGAAAACGUUUGGUCUCACAGAGCUUCAGAAAGGUUACUUUCCUCAUUUCUUUAACCGUGCUGAGAACCAAGACUAUGUGGGACCAAUGCCUGAAGCCAAGUUCUACGAUCCUGAUGGCAUGAGCACCGAUGACCGCGAAAAGUUUUAUACAUGGUACAGCGACCAAGAACAGCGUCAGUACGAGUUCGACUUUCAAGCCGAAAUUCUGCGAUACUGUCAAUCCGAUGUGGACAUUUUGCGUCGCUGCUGUCUCGAGUUCCGCGAACUUUUCCAUCAAGUCACAGAUGUUGACCCUUUUGCCUCUUGUCUCACCAUUGCUUCUGCGUGUAAUCUCGUCUUCCGUAAAACGUUCCUCCAGGAGAACACCAUCGCCGUCAUUCCUCCUUGCGGGUACAAACCUGAAAACAAACAGUCUGUCAUCGCCUUGAAGAUGCUGGCAUGGGUCGCUCAACGUGAUAA